GACCUGGAGAAGAUGCCGGCUGGUGGUCGGUGCCCCGCACUCGCACGGUGUGACUUCCACUUGCAAGCACUCCUACAUGACUACAACAACAUGGCCUGUGUACUUCGUACGUCCUAAAGAGCUCCCUCAACACAUUGUAGAUGACGUAACGAUGUGGCGCUUUAGAAUUUCUGAAGUUCGCAGGUUGUAGUCAAAACUUUACGGCUCACGCUUCGGAUAAGUAUUGAUCCAGCAUCAGCCCGGCAAUAACUGGUAGAGCUUGUUCCCGAUGUGGUACAUAGUCACGAUCAUUCACCGUACUUGAACCCUACAGUUGCUCCACAAUGUCCUCGUUGGAGAUUCUCAAGGUUGCCAUUAUCGGUCAAGGAGCCAUUGGCCCGCGACACGCAGAUGCCGUUCUCAGUGUGUCUGGACUCGCGUUGGCUUGUAUCGUGGACCCCCACCCACCCGCAGUUGCAGGGGCCGUCAAAUAUAAAUGUCCGGUCUUCCUGUCGGUCAGGGCGAUGCUCGACAGUGAAAACGUCCAGGUCGACGCAGCCAUUGUGUGCACGCCGAAUCACACCCACGUUACUAUCGCCAAGGAGCUGCUGCAGAACGGUAUCCACGUUCUCUGCGAGAAGCCAAUAUGUGUGGAUGUUGAGAGCGGACGAGAACUGGUUGAAUAUGCGCAAAAGUGCAACCGUACUCUCUUGAUAGGCCAUCAUCGCCGCUUCAAUCGGUAUGCAGUAGCAGUGAAACAGCACCUUCCUACGCUUGGACGUCUCAUAGCAAUCAACGGGCUAUGGACAAUAUAUAAGCCUCUACUGUAUUUCGAUCCUCCGACAGAUUGGCGUCGACUGGUUUCUGCAGGGCCAAUCUUCAUCAAUUUGAUUCACGAGAUCGACCUGCUUCAUUUUUGGUACGGUCCCAUCACGCGAGUGUAUGCGGAGCAAGCUCUCUCUCAGAGAGGCUUCGAUGCAGAAGAGGGCGCAGCAAUCACCCUGCGAUUCGAAAGUGGCAUGAUAGGCACGUUCCUUCUAUCUGAUGCGGUUGUCUCACCUUAUAGCUUUGAGAGUGGCACUGCCGAGAAUCCAAUUAUACCGCCUACUGGACAAGACUUCCAUCGAGUUUUCGGCUCAAAAGGGACGUUGAGUGUCCCGGACAUGGUGCGAUGGGACUAUGGUGACGAAGGGAAUAGCUGGAACAACGAGCUGAGAAGCACAAAACUCGAUGUGCCUGACAUGAAAAUUCCUUUCGAAGCUCAAAUGGAACAUUUUGCUAGGGUCAUCAGAGGCGAAGAACAUGCUAGCUGCGAUGGUAUCGAGGGACUCAGGGCUGUUGUAGUGUGCGAGGCGAUCAAAACGUCAAUGAAAGAGAGCCGACCCAUCGAGAUCAAGCUUCACGGUCAAGGAUAGGCGGUUGGCAGCAUUAACGUUGCGUAGCCGCAGCGAAUUGUUAAAGUGUUGUUGAUCAAGGAUCACAAGCAACUGAAUUGAUUGAUAGACAUAGAACAAGU